AUGGCAGGACCGAAGGUAGACCUUGCAUCGAUCUCGCUCUUCCGCGCGACGCCUGCGCAAGUUGAGGAGACACGACGCCGAAGGUGGCCGCACUUGGGUGGCAGUAUGAGUCUCGCGGAGUAUAUUAAGCGAGAUGAAGAGAUGGAUGUUCUGGAGCACGCAAAGGAGGGGAAAAUGAUCACUUGGGUAUUGGCGCCACGGGAGGAUCCUACGACACUUGAUUUCAUGUGUGCUUGUAGGACAUACAAGCGCGCAAGUCUCGUCGCUUAUCCUUCCUCCUCCCCUUCUGAGCCCAACUCAGUACACGAAACAACUUCAUAUGGCGUCGCCGCGGUCUUCACUCCACCAUCAAGACGUGGGCGCGGCUACGCUGGGCACAUGAUGCGCCUCCUGCAUUGGGUCACUGCCUCGCGUGCUAAUCUUCCUCAGUUCCCAGAGGCAUGGGGCGCACCACCGGAAGAAGUAGCGGAUGCUGGCGGGGGACUGUUCUCGGUGCUGUGGAGUGAUGUUGGGGAGGAAUUUUACCACUCAGCGGGGCCAGGAGGAGAAGGAGGCGGAUGGGAGAAGCGGGGACCAGUUUCAACUGUAUGGGAGGUUGGCGCUGACGAGGGAGACGACGAGGGAUGGACGUGGCUGACUCAGGAACAGCUGAAGGGGCUUUGGGACCACGACGCUGAGCUGAUUAGAAAGGAGCUAGAGACUAUGCCGAUGAGCAAUGGGUCAUAUGAAGUGGAGUGCCCCUCGGCACUUGUGGCGUGCUUGCCCACAAACGGUGUCUGCGCGUUCCAAAUACCGCGGGCAACAUACGGCUCGAAUUUUUCUAUGGCAGGCGGGUUCUGGGGUGUACAGUCCUCUAGCGACCCAAACACAUACGCAAGCUGGAGCGUUGAAAUGGGACCUCCCCCACCAACGCUGAUCGUCACGCGACUCUGGGCCAGUGAAGGCACGUUCCCUGGGCUGAUCGCGAAGAUCAAGCAUGCGGCUAGACGAAGUGGAAUUGGGAAAGUGGAGGUGUGGAAUUUGCGAGCAGGAUUAAGGAACGUUGCGGAGAAGACGGGUGGACAGACGUUUAUACGAAAUGAACAUUUGCCGCAGAUUGUGUGGUAUGGACCUGGGGCCACAGGGAAUGUGGAAUGGGCGUAUAACGAGAAGUUCUGCUGGUGUUGA